UAUUAUCAGUACCAGUCGCCGCUUCUGCUCUGAGCGCCACCCAAAUAUUUACAGUUUCGGCUCUGCAGCUGCUCGUUCGGGCCCGUGUGCCAUCGUGAUGCUGUGUCCGGUUGUGUGUGUAACUGUGUGUGCGUGUGUGCGUGCGACCGUUUGACGGUUUAAUUUGAAUUUCGAAAAUAUUCAACAAAGAUGCUGCCGAUCGGAAAAACGCAACCAAAGCAAAACGAAGAAGAACGCGUAAGCGAGUGAAGCGCAUUGCCUGAUAAAUUGAACCGAGAUUAAAAACGGGACAAAAUCGUUCACGUCUAAUCGUGUCGCCAUUAUCUCUCUCUCUCUCUCUCCCUCCCACACGUGCGUGCUUGCGUGCGUGCGCGUGUGCAUGUGUGCUGUGCGUGUGUGCCAAACAAUUAAUUAGCAUUUAAAUCGCUCAUUUAUCUGCGAUCUGCUGCGGCCCAAUCAAAGCCAAAAGCCAAACAGCGUUAGAAAGAGAAAGAACGAGAAUAGCCGAAAAGCCGAAAAACUGUGUUGCCCCCACCAAAAAAACCAAAAUAAAGGAGUUCCAAACGCACUUUGUAUCGAAAAACAAAAAAAAAGCCAACAAAAUGUUUGCCUGCUUGCAGCUGCUCGCCGCGCUCUGCGUCAUCGGCACUUUAAUAGAUUUCACAGACGGACUGCGUCUGGUCGAGGUGCGCAUACCGAACUACGUGAUUAAGGGCGCCACAGCACAGCUGGAGUGCCUAUACGAUCUGGACGGCGAGGCGCUCUAUUCGGUCAAAUGGUACAAGGAUGGCAAUGAGUUCUAUCGCUAUGUGCCCAGGGAUAAUCCGCCGGCGCAAACGUUCCGUUUGCCAGGUGUUGCUGUCGAUUUGCACAACUCGAGCGACGCGAUUGUUAACCUGCACAACGUCAAUCUGCAGUCGGCGGGCCGUUUCCGGUGCGAGGUAUCCGGCGAGGCGCCAUCCUUUCAAACGGUCACCGAGCACGGCGACAUGGUUGUUGUAUCUCUGCCGGAUCAGGGACCGCCAAAAAUAAUUGGGGGACGUCCGCGUUAUCAAAUUGGCGACUGGGUGCGCAUCAAUUGCACCGCCGGCCGCUCCAAGCCAGCCGUCAAUCUGUCCUGGUUCGUCAACGGCGAGCCCGCCGAGCCGCAGAAGCUGCGAAAAUUCGAGACUAUCGUAUCGGGCCGCGAGGGCCUCGAAACCUCUGUGCUGGGCCUUCAGUUUCGCGUGGAGCAGCAGCAUUUUCGCAACGGUGACAUGAAGCUAAAGUGUGUGGCGGCGCUUUCGACCUUCUACUGGCGCAGCAACGAGGAGUCUGUCGAGGGCGACCGACCGCAGAAGGCGCCGGUAUUGGAGUCGCGCGAAAGCGACAGCGCCUUCGCCAGCAACUCGCGCGCCGAUCCGGUGCAAGGUAUGUCAUACCGGGAAUUAUUUGUUACCAAACUCUUAUCGCUUUUCAUUCAAUCAAACGCAGCCAGCAAAACGGACUCGCUCCUAAUGGCCCGUGCGCCCAGUGCGCUGCUGUUGCUGGCGCUGGCCACGGCCGCCACCUUGGCCGGCGGCGGCAUCAUUAUAUCCUGGCCAGCGUCCAUGCACAGCAAGGCCGGGGCCCGAUUGAAUCGCGGUUCGGUCACAAAUAUUGUUGUUGAUCUCGCUAAUGGUAAUGCGUCCAAAGAUAAGGUCAGAGUUAAAGAUAAGCGCGUGCAGCUCGAGUUGCUGCCCGCGGCCAAGCAAAAGCUCCAGCUGAUCCUGCGCCAGCUGCGACGCUCAGCGAGCGACGCGUCGUCAGCGGCAGCAGCAGCGGCUGUUGCAGCAACCGCGCAGCGGCGACAGAUGCUGCUGACUGCGCGGUAGCUGCAUUAAGCUGGCCGCCCAUGCACUCAGCCCCGCCCAUUUUUCCAAUGAAUUUCCGUCUUCGCUUCGCAGAAAAUAAAAAUCAAAAAAAUAGAAAUGAAAACCAAAAAAAAAAAAAAAAAACAAA